CCGCCGCCUCUGCCGCCGCCGCCUGCGCCUGCUCUUCCGGAUCAUGGUGUGCUUCCGCCUCUCCCUGGGGCCUGGCUCGGGGCUCCUUCUGCUCGGCCUCGUUCUGGGAGCUGUCUCAUCUUAUGCAUUAGAACUUAAUUUGACGGAUUCAAAAAAAGCCACUUGUCUUUAUGCAAAAUGGCAGAUGAAUUUCACAAUACGCUAUGAGACCACAAGCAAAAAUUAUAAAACUGUAACCAUUUCAGACCUUGGCAAUGCAACAUACAGUGGAAGCACCUGUGGGGAUGACAAGAAUGGUCCCAAAAUUGAGGUGCAAUUUGGAUCUGGUUUUUCCUGGACUGUGAAUUUUACAAAGGAGGUGUCUACUUAUUCAAUUGAAAGCAUUUCAUUUUCCUAUGACACUAAUGAUAACACAACAUUUCCUGAUGCUAAAGAGAAAGGAAAUUUUACUGUUUAUGAGCAUGUGAUAUUCAGCAUUCCCUUGGAUGACAUCUUUAGAUGCAAUAGUAUAUUGACUUUAGAAAAGAGCAAUGUUGCCCAGAACUAUUGGGAUGUUCAUGUACAAGCUUUUGUCCAAAAUGGCACAGUGAGCACAAAAGAGUUUCUGUGUGAUAAAGAUAAAACUUCAACCACUGUGGUGCCCAUCACUCCCACCACUUUGCCAUCUCCUACUACAACACCCACUCAAAAGGAAAAACCAGAGAUUGGAACCUAUUCAGUUAAUAAUAGCAAUGGUACUUGUCUUCUGGCUACCAUGGGGCUGCAGCUGAGCAUGACUCAAGAUAAGGUUGUUUCGGUUAUUAACAUCAACCCCAAUACAACUGACUUCGCUGGCAGCUGCCAUUCCCAAACUGCUCUACUUAGGCUGAACAGCAGCAACAUUAAGUAUCUCGACUUUGUCUUUGCUGUGAAAAAUGAAAACCGAUUCUAUCUGAAGGAAGUGAAUGUCAGCAUGUAUUUGGUUAACGGCUCUGUUUUCAGCAUUGCCAAUAACAAUCUUAGCUACUGGGAUGCCCCCCUGGGAAGUUCUUAUAUGUGCAACAAAGAGCAGACGGUUUCCGUGUCUGGAGCAUUUCAGAUAAAUACCUUUGAUCUAAGGGUUCAGCCUUUCAAUGUGAUAGAAGGAAAGUAUUCUACAGCCCAAGAGUGUUCGCUGGAUGAUGACACCAUUCUAAUACCAAUUAUAGUUGGUGCUGGUCUUUCAGGCUUGAUUGUCGUUAUAGUGAUUGCUUACCUAAUUGGCAGAAGAAAAAGUUAUGCUGGAUAUCAAACUCUGUAACACUAAUCCAUGUGUGAUCUCUGUUCCCAAGUAAUAAAGCAAGUACAAGUUCCAACAUGCAGUACCAUUCAAUUGAAGGUAUAUCUACUUGUAGUUCUGAUCUUAGAACUGGUGGUAUGGGGGAUUUCAUACUUAAUUAAAUACAAACACCCCAGAACUAUAAACUACAAAUUGGUCAUGUGAAUUUGGUUUUCCCAACCAAGGCAUUUAAAUUGUUAUUUCUACAGCAAAAGGCAUGUGCAAAAUCACCUGGAUUAUAGGUUCUUUUUUAUUGGCUUGAAUUAGUGUUUCAGCUUUUUUACUUUAGAUAUUCUGACUAGAAAUAUACAGUUUAGGAAAAACAGUUUUUAAAAAGAGAUUUGUUUUCUUGCAUGUGGUUGAAUUGAGACAAUACUGUCUACAGUGGAUUUGUACUUGCUUCUUUUGCUUUUUUUUUUUUUUUUCUGUGAUUUUGUUUGCAGGUUAACUUAGCUGCUUUGACAUUGCUACAUAUUUGACCUAUGAGAGAUAUGCCAGUAGAUUUAAACAGAGUCUAGUAUUAUUAUGUUCUUAGCAAGGGCUGCUUUCCUAAUGCCUUUUGAAUACAUUUGUAUUUAAUGGGGCUAUAAUGACAAAAGAUGCAAGGCUUUUGAAAUUUUAGAAUAGGUGUUAAGCUUAUUGCUUAAUCCUUUUUAAAAGAACUGGAUGUUUCAAUCUUUUAAAUUGCAAGAUACAAGACUAUUCCAGCUGGGCAUUUCAAUUUUCUGGGUGCUUUAGAGAUAAUUGCUAGGCAGUGCCAAUUCCGGGCAUUAGUCCUUUGUACCCGUAAAUUGGCCUCUACCUGCAGUGCUGAAGUUAAUGUAGACUUCUCUUUACAUUUCCAGUAUCCUUGGUAGCUGGCGGUAGUACAUUUUAUUCCUUUCUUGUUUUUUCUUUUCUUUAAAGAAGAAAUGCCAGUAUGUCCUAGAACCUAGAUAAAGAAGAGCACUUAACACUUACAAAGUAACUUGCACCUAACCCAAAAGUCUGUCUUCUCCAUUAAAAAAUUUUUCUUUGGUUCCAGCUUACAUUGAUUGCUACAACAUUUACUAAUUUGGUUUUCCCAUUUAAAUGGCUCUGUGCUAAUCAAAACUUACAUUAUUAUUGUUCAUUAUGGUAGAAUCAUUAUUAAUUCAUGUAUUUUGUGUUCCGUUUUUUCCUCUGGGGAGAUGCACCAGUUGUCCAUCUACCGUGCACCACCUAAGGUUUAUAUGAGAAAACAAAACAUUUCAGCUUCAUGAUUAACAUAUCAAGUAUUUCUUGCUGUUUCUAGGUGUUUUUUAUUGGAAUGGCUGAGCAAAUAUUUAGAAAUUGUUAAUAUACAGCCAUAUACCAAAGGUGCCUGAGUUUUUUGGGAGUGGGAGAUUAUGUGUAUCCCCAUUCACUAGAAAAUGAGAUAUCUGGGUUCCAAAAUCUUAUUAAUGUUGAAGUAAUUUGGUAGUCUAGCUAAGUACACACACACAAGCAAUUGCCUGUUAGCAUGUGUAUGUCUAUAACUGUCUUUCGAGUUAUAUUGGAGUGCUGAAUAUUUUCUUCCACUUAAAUUUGCUCUCUGUUUAGAGUAGCAUGAAAAUCUACUGGCUCAGAAUCAGAUCCCUGAUCAGUCCCUCUCUUAAAGCUACAAUGAUCUGCAUUGCCAGCUUAAGGCACUUAUAAAGGACUAAAUAUAAAUCUGAUUUUUUAAAAAUAUUUUUUAUUUAAAUAGUAUCUUAGUGUAAGAUUAUUAACCUUAGAAGAAUAGAUAAUGCUUACAAGAACGUAGGCCUUAGGUAUUUCUCAUGAGUCAAAAGAAAGCAGCUUUUUUAAAAAAGAAACAAGUUAGAAGCAUAAGUGGAUGGCACUGGCUUAAUGCUGUUAAUGUUUCUAAAAGUUUCUACAUUUAAUUAUAUACCUGAUUCAUAUUAAAAUACCUCUAAUUAGCACUGUUUUCUAGAAAAAUCUGAUUUCAUUGAAUACUUUUGUAUUUUACGUGGGCCAGUUUAUAUACAGUUAUUUCCAUUAUUAUUUCCUAUAGCCACAUGCUCUUUGUUCCUUUUGUAGUUUCAUUUGCUUUACUGGGUUUACACCUUGAUGGUCUAACACUCUAGAUGGUUCUGGGUGUUUUUCAUGUGUUAGCAUUUGUAUAAGGAAACUGGUCCAUGUAAAUACUUCUCAUGGUUUUUUUCUCAAGUGUUUAAGCCACUAGUUGAUGUACGGUAUUUCUCUAGAUAUUUGCUUGUCCAUUUGCUCAACAUAUUGCUUCUAAAACAAACAAUAAAGAUCGUUUUAUUUCUUAAGGAAA